AUGGACAGAGUUCUGGACCGAGUCUUGGAUCGUCUGGAUGCAACAUUGUUCCUGCAGAUCUGGCAGCACUUUGAUGUUCAUGACCAGGGCCACUUGGAGAGACAGGAUCUGGAGGAGUUCUUCCGUCACAUGCUGCAGAAACUGGGACUGAAGAGGGAGGAGGUGACGGAGCAGAGGGUGGAGAUCCUCAGGGAGAAGGUGCUGUCUGCGUUUGACCCAAAAGAUGAUCAGCUGCAGAUCCAGGAGGUGGCGGCGCUGUUGCUUCCUGAGGAUGAGAACUUUCUGCUUCUGUUCAGACGAGAGACGCCUCUGAACAACAGCGUGGAGUUUAUGAGGAUUUGGAGAAACUACGACCAGGACAGCAGCGGCUUCAUCUCUGCGCUUGAGCUCAAGGGCUUCCUUCAGGACCUGUUUGUGCAGCACAGGAAGUCCAUCAGCGCCGACAAACUGGACCAGUACACCGUCUCCAUGAUGAAGAUGUUUGACAAAAACAGAGACGGGCGCUUGGACCUGGAAGAACUGGCCAGGAUCCUGGCAAUGAAGGAGAACUUCCUGCUACGCUUCCAGAUGGACGGCUGCAGUCUGGAGGAUCGUAGGAGAGACUUUGAGAAGAUCUUUGCUCAUUAUGAUGUGAGCGGGACUGGAGCUCUGGAGGGACCCGAAGUGGACGGUUUUGUUAAGGACAUGAUGGAACUUGUCAAGCCCAGUAUCAGCGGGUUGGAACUGGAUGGUUUCCGGAAGCUCCUCUUGAAUCACUGCGACUUGAACCGAGACGGAAAAAUCCAGAAGAAUGAACUUGCCCUGUGUCUGGGAAUAAAACUGUCCUAACACCUGCUCCUGUCUGCUCCUCUGACUUUGCUCCUCUGCUCCUUUUGCUCCUCUGGCUCUUCUUCUCUGCUUCUCUUGCUCUUGUCCUGCUCCUCUGGUUUCUCUCCACUGGUUCUGCUCCUCUUCUCCUCUGGUUCAUCUCCUCUGGUUCUGCUUCUCUGGUUCUGCUCCUCUGGUUCAGCUUCUCUGGUUCUGCACCUCUGAUUCUGCUCCUCUUGUUCUGCUCCUCUGAUUCUGCUCCUCUUGUUCUGCUCCUCUGGUUCUGCUUCUCUGAUUCUGCUCCUCUGAUUCUGCUCCUCUUGUUCUGCUCCUCUGAUUCUGCUCCUCUGAUUCUGCUUCUCUGAUUCUGCUUCUCUGGUUCCUCUUCUCUGGUUCUGCUCCUCUGCAUGAAGAUAAUCCUUUGCUCUAAAACAAAUUGAAAUUGUGGAAAAAACAGAAUUGUGUGGUAGCAUGACAACAAAGUUAGUGUCAUGAGAAGGAUUUAGACUUGGUUAGUCCUGGUUUAGUCUUGUUAGUUCCAGUUUAGCUCUGGUUUAAUCCUGAUUUAGUCUGUCUUUUCCAGCAUUAUUCCUUCUUUAGUCCUGGUUUAAUCCUGGUUUAGUCCCAGGUUAAACCCGGUUUAGCCCUGGUAUGGUCCUGAUUUAGUCCCAUGGAGUUUAGUCCUGGUUUAGUCCUGAUUCAGUGGUUCAGUUCUGAUUUAGCUGAG